AUGGUAAAUCGUUUGUAUACAAAACUUUUCAUCCAACCAAAUGUCUUAUUCAGAACCAAAGCAUUGGGCAUGAACGAAGAAUUUAAAUCCACACCUUAUUAUAAUCAAACUAUUCUCAAUGAUUUGACUAUUAUAAAAACCAAUGAAUACAUUAAAAAUAUCAUUUCGGAUCAUUCAAAUUUACAAGAUUCACUUAUUCUUAUGCGAAUCUGGCUGGAUAGACGUAACCUUCGAAAAAGCUUUGCCCAUAUUGUGACAUUGUUUGCUUGUCAUUUGUUGGAAAAUAACUUGUUGAAUCCCAAUUUAUCAUCGCUUCAGAUAUUCGAAACAAUAUUAAGCAAAUUGAAGGAUUCAGAUUGGCAAUCGAAUCCUCUGGUUCUAAGUUUCAACAAUGACAAUAUCCAAUCAGUUGAUAAAGAGACUUUUAUCAACAAUUUUCCGGUUAAUCUAAUUGAAUCUAGUUUGAAUUAUAACUUUUGUUAUAAUUUGAAUCAAGGCAUCUAUGAACGACUUAAGAUAGAUUGCCAUAGAACGGUCGAAAUUCUUAAUUCUAAACAAGUCGAUUUUGACGAAAUUUUUCAGAAAACUAUCAAUCCUACCUCCUACUUUGACUUUUCCAUCAGCAUUCUGUGCGAUUAUUUAAAACAAGACCAAUUGAAGAAUCAAAAGUUUUAUAUAGAAUGUGGAAAAAAUUCAACUCUAACUAUGGUGUUGGAGAUUCAAAAAUUAAUCCAACAGGCUGUAGGCGAACGUCUGAUAUUGAUUCAGCCAGAAAAUUAUUUCCAUCGAGAAUCAUGGGACAUAACGACUAAGCCGAUUACAUCAAACAGACCAAUUGUUUUCGGAAUUCUAAUUAAACGAGAAAAUUUUCUUGAUAAAAUUACCAAAGGUCCAAUGGCUAACCGAUCAGAAGCCAACGAUUUUCGUGAACUUUGGGGUACUAAACGUUCAGAAAUACGACGAUUUCAAAAUGGUGAUAUUCGAGAGACUGUUGUUUGGGAAACGCAUACAAUUAGUGAUUGUCGUUCGAUUGUGUUUAAUGCUAUCAAACAUGUAAUGAACCGGAAAAUGAACCUGAAAUUAAACUCCAUUUCAUGGACUUUUUAUUAUCUGGAUGAAAUGUUGGAGAUGAAGAAUCUUAAAUUCAAUGAUCCAGAAUUUUAUUAUGGAACAGGGGAAGAAUGUUUUACUCAGAUCAAUCAAGCAAUCAAUAUUAUAAAAAAACAUCUACAUAAUUUGAAAGAAGUGCCGUUUCAAGUAAAUGAUGUUGUAAACAUAGAUCCAGUAGGUCGUCGAACCGAUGUGUUUCCACCGUUGCCGGUUAAUUCUCGACCAAAAAAUGUACAAAAUCAAUGCAAUAUUUUCGAUUCUAAUUCUACGGAAGAUAAAAUCAAAUACGUACGACCAAUAAAGUUGGUUGUUCGUAUCGAUCCGAUCGGACGAAAAUUUUCAAAUAAUUUCGAAGAAUUUCUAAAUCAAAAAUAUCUACUCAGCCAUGAAUUGGCCAAAUCAUUACGAAAAUGUUGUCAAGAUGUGUGUGUAAGGUUAACUUCAUCCCAUAUUGAUGUCUACAUACACGGAUUUGUUUUACAUUUGAUAAUAGCAUUACAAAAAGAAUUAUCAAUUCAUCGACAAAUAUCGAGCAAUACUAAGCAGCUAAAAUUUGCCAGAAAUAUAGAGGCGGAUCAGAUUGAAUUCGAGACCCAAGUAUUACCCGCCAUUUGUGGUUCAUUGAAUGCAUUUCAGAAUGAAAAUUUUUGUUAUGAUAUCACUUGUCGCCUAUUCAAACGUUGGCUAUCGCGACAAAUGAUCAAACAUUUUUUCGAAGAAAUAACAAUCGAUCUGCUUGUUGCUUAUCUGUUUCAACAUGGUAGUCAAAUUUAUCCAUCCAAUAAUUCACACCUGUCCAUGUUUAUCCGUUUUCUUGAUUUUAUCGGUCAUUUUGAUUUUGUCAAAAAUAUCAUUUUUUUGAACUUUAAUAAUUCACUUACAACUGAACGAAUGGCUAAUAUCCGUCAAAGUUUUCAGGAACAAAGAUCCAAUUGGCCUAUUAUUACCAUUGUCACCGGACAUGAUCGAAAACCUUCACAGCAUACUCGUUCAUCACCGGAUACGAGAAUAGUAUUUCAUUUACAAAAACUGGCGAGAAUUCAACUCGAUCAAUUGCGUGAAUCGCUUCAAUUAUUCAAACCUGUCAAACUGAGAUCAUUGUUCAAAGUGAAAAUGAACAUGUUUGAUAUGAUUAUCAAAUUGAAUUCAAAAUUUUUGCCAAACAAACAUGAAUCAUUUGAUUUUCCAGAUAAUAUUCAAAUCAAACACACAUUGUAUUCGGCUGAUAAUGAGCAACAUUCGAUGCCAAUCGUUGAUUAUAAUCCUGCUUAUAUUUAUCUAAAUUCGUUGAAACAAGCCUACCAAAAUUUUGCUCUAUUUUUUUACGAUCAAUAUGGUGGACGUGAAAUUGGCGUUCUUUUUCGACCAGAGAUAAUUGAAGCACGGCCAUUCAAAUAUUCAUCAGUUGAAGCGACCAAAUUAGCUGGUACAGCUCAUUCAUUAUCCACAGAUAAUGUUGUCAUCAAUAUGGCAGCAUUGGUCGAAGAUUUUCGAAUUCUAGGCAUUGGAUUAGUUGAUACGAUUAUUGUUAAAGAUAUAUGAAUAAAUAAUAAAGAAAAAUGAAUGGAAAAUUGAUUCAAUUCAUUUAUGAUUUUUAA